CUAGUUUCUGAGAGAUUUACUCACUUAUCUUCCUACUUAGAACAGACAAGUUCUGUUUCUGCCUUCUGAGGAUCUAAGAUCUGGACAUCACUAAAGAAAUUACCAGCAUGAAGAAGUCAUGCAAAACAUCUGCUGCUACAGAAGAAGACACACUAUCUGAGACGAUGUCCCAGCUUAACAUAGCAUCAGCUGCCAGCACACAUCCUGCUGAUGAUCAAGAUCAGACUGCUCCCAACCAUUCCCUAGACUUUGCUGAGAGUCUCCCUACUCCUGCUCCAGGCCUCACUAACCAAAAGACACGAGCUGUUGGCCAAAAUGAGGCCAUGACUGUGAUGGUGCUGGAUGCAACAGAGCCCUUUGAAUAUGAGUCAACAAAAAAUGAAGUAAAGGUGAUGUUUCAUGCUAGAGUGGCCACUGUGAAUGAGUGUUUCAACGUGGAAGUUCUCAAUAUGAACCUGAUAAAGAAGUUCACAAAAAAUAAUGUCAUCAAAAUCGCCAAUUAUGUCAAGGUCAAUGGAAUCCUAGAGAUAACUGAAAAAUCCUCUGUGACUGAAGCUGGUCCCGACGAAAAGAUUGAAGUCCCCCAAAAGCUUAUCACAGUAGCAAAGAAAACUCCUAUGAUUUCUGAUAUUAACAGGAUUUUUUGUGGAGAACCAUUUUAUGGGUCGUUUACAUUAAACAAGAAAAAGUACGACAAAACGAACAUAGUCUAUGAAAUGAAGGAUGAUACAGGAACUAUAGACAUGGAAGUGAGUGGGAUACGCUUUGACAUCAAAUGUGAGGAAGGAGACACACUACAACUCUUUGGCUUUGAACUGACAAAAACUAACGGUCAAGUGAAGCUGGUGUCUGGAAAACACAGUUUCAUUAAGGUCCUCAAAGCUGGAAGAAAGAAAAUAUCCCUCUCUCCAUCCAAACCCAAUUAAUGAAGAAGGAAGUGGUGACCCACAAAAUUAAUUCAGUGCUUUCAACAGUGGAGCUUUGAAAAUAGGAACACCAAGCAACUGGAAACAAGCAACAGCUAUAGAAGUACAUCCAAGCAUUUAAGAAUUGUUAGCUGACUUGUGAUUAUGUAUUUUCAUUUAUAGAAUUCCUUAUCUUUUUUUCUAUGAAAAUAUCACUUGAGUUUAAUUUUUCCAGUGUUAAAGUAAGAAAAAUUUCUUUUGAAAAGGAUACAAACAUUCAGUCAAAGUAGUCAUCUACAGUAUGUGGAAAGAUUUUUACUUACUGUUCUUCUGAUAGAGGACUAAUAUCCAAAAUAUAUAAAGAACUCAAAAGUAGAUAAGCAAGAAAACAAAUAACCCAAUUGAAAUUUGGCUAAAGAUCUAAGCAGAGCAUUCUCAAAGAGGAAAUUCAAAUGGAUUUGACACACUUAAAUGUUCAAUAUCCUUAGGUAUCAGGGAAUGUAAAUGAUAUUAUUUUAAGAAUUCAUCUUAAACCUGUCUGAAUAGCUAAGAUCAGUAAAACAGGUGACAGUUCACGCUGGUGAGGAUGUGGAGUAAGGGAACAGCCAUCCAUUGCUGGUGGAGUGCAAACUUGUACAACUUAUGUCAGUUUCUUUUAAACACUUUUAAAGCAAUUCACAUUUUUAGAUAAUUUUGUCUGGGAAAACUUUUCCAGACUCAAAACCAUAAGACUGUAUCCUUUUUCUCUUUAGAGUAUAGCAGUUUAGUUCUUUCCCUUUUAGCAUAUUAUCUGAUUUUU